CUACAACACUUGACAGACGGCGGCAGAGGUUGACAAGUGUGUGGUGAUUAAAAUAACAUUAUCUCUUGAUUUAACUUUUCAUAGAAACUCAGUGAUAUUCUCGAGUAAAUUAGUGUCGCGUUACUUAAAUAUGUGCUUGUGUUAUUUGAUAAAUAACUUUUUUUGAGCUAAAUAACUGUAGUACGUAGUAUAGUACAGUACAGUAAUGUCAUCACAGUCUAGUGCUGGAAGAGACAUGCCAAAGAAAAAAAGAAACUGUAAAAAGAAAGAGAAGACCAGAACUUCAUUGACACCUUGUGCAGAUAUUACUGUGAACGAUUUUGCCAAUAGUGACACUCAGCAGACAUUUCGUCCUAAGAAGACUAGUAUGAAGAAAGUUGUAGAUGAAGUAAAAUCAUUAGAAACGAAGGAAGAUGAGAAAGCAUGGGACGAAAAAGACGACGACGAACUUGUCUCUGGUGGUGUGGAGACAAACAACAACAAUUUUGUGCAGAGAGCCGGUCGGAAGAAAAAGACCUCAAAUGAAAUUUCAGAUGAUGGUGAGGGCAUAAAUUAUCCUUUAGACUUUUGGUUUAUGAUAAGUGAAUACAUACGACCAGAGGAUGUGGGAAGGUUUACUGCUAUAUGUCAGGCCACAUUCUACGUGACUACAACUGCCCGAUUUUGGUUCACUGUUUAUAGAAGGCACUGCAAGUGGGUUGCUGGUCUUCCAGAAGAACUAGUACAUUGGAACAUGAAUUACACCAAGGGCCUUCGAGCAGCAGUGAUUCGAUCCUUGUUUUACAUGUACACUCCGUUCUCUACUCACAUAGCAGCAGAAAAACCUCUGACUGCUGACCCUACGCAAUUGCUGCGUUCCCAGUGUGUACUUCAAUGGCAUAGACUUGGUACUCAUCACAAAUAUUUUUACAAAUUUGUUCAGCCAAGACAAAAUAGGAAUUAUUUAAGAAGUAGACGGAAUAAUAAUAAACAAGAUUCAUUGGUCAACUUCAACCCUGAGAAUGGGUGCUACAUUCUAGAGGCAACAAGCAGUGCAAUGUGUGGAGAAGCCAUGGUAAUUGGGGAGUACCUGCACCAUGCUGGACUUGGGGUGACUUCAAACAUGUGCAAUCAUCGUUUACGUCUCUCCUUUGUCCCUGAGCACCUACUCUCUAGUACUUCUUCAGGGACCUCCCGUAAAUAUCAAGUCCCAACUACUGAGAUAAUAUUGGAACCUGUGCGUGAUGUCCGGGUUUACCCUUGGUGGCACCCACAAUACUGGAAGUGUGAACAUGACAGUUAACACUACACCCAUUCUUAUUUUACAAAUUACAGUACAGUAUAUCUUUAUUUAGGAGGGGCAGGAGGGAGGGUAAGGGAUUCUGAACAUACUGUAAUACUUAUUGAUGAGGGAUUUAAGGGCACAUCAUAUAAUUCUUGUCAGUAUUUCAUCAAUGGCUUUAUUUUAUUUAAAAUAGUAGCAAGUGGUAACGAGAUGUCAAUGUACCAUAAGAGAACAUUCGUGGAAGAUCACCGCCCCCAAUAUACAUUAAAAUAAUUCUGCCAUGAAUGAUGGUGUAGUUUCAUACAGUAUUUUUAUUCAUUAAUAUUUUGAUAGUGCUGUACUGUGUUAACUAAAGCUUAUCACAAGCUUUAUGAAACAUGUGAUAUGUUAAUGCAGGAUUUUGGCAGAAAUAGUGUUGACAAAAUACUGCAUGAUGUUGUACAUUAUUACCAGACAAUAUUUUGUUUCCCCAAUAAAUUUCUUACAGUUA